CUUUGCACUUGCGAUACACAUUAUAUUUUUCCUACAGUUACUAUAAACCAUAUAAAUAAGUAGUCUUUCAAACACUAUACAAAACUUUUUUAGGUUAGGUUAAAUCCAAUAAAAGAACACUGUUUUGUGUUGUUUGAUUAAAAUAAAACACAGGAGUGCGGAAAAGAAAAAGAGUGCGGCAAAAAAUGACACAAAAGCUGCCAGAGUGGUUGGACAAGACAUUCCUACAAGCUGCUCUUCAAGGAGGAGAAGAUAACGAACCCAAAGUGACAGUUAAUGAUUUUACUGCAGAACUAGCGGUGGCGGCCGGUAACAACUACACAAGCCAAAUCUUCAGGGUGGUCGUGAAAUACACAGCAAAUGGAUCAGAAGAUAAAUCCACAACUCUUAUUGUUAAGGCACCUCAUACUCAGUUGCAGGACAUGGGAGCAGAACUUGGACUAAGUGAAUGGUUCGACAAAGAACCGGUUAUAUACAACAUUAUUUUGCCAAAAAUGAAAGAAAAGAUAAAAGUUGACUUUGGUCCUAAAACAUAUUACAGUGCACAAAAAAGUGUGUUGGUAUUUCAGGAUCUGAAAGAAACAGGGCACAUCAUGUGUGAUAAAUUUAAACAAUUGGAUUACGCUCAUUGUGAGGUAGUGUUGAAAAGUUUAGCGAAAUUCCAUGCCGUUUCAGUGGCUCUUCACAGUGAAAAUCCUGAAGAAAUCGAAACACUCGGAAUAGAGCCCAUAUUUAGGGAAGGUAAUCCCAUGAAAGAAUUGAUGAAGUCACUUUUGGUGUUUGCGAUAGAAAUUGUAAAAGAAAGCUUGAAAAAUACAGAAAAUGGUGAACCUGCCUUACAGUUUUUGCUUGACAAGCAAGAAACACUGUACAAUUCCUUGAUAGAAAUUGUUAAACCCAAAAAAGAAGGUUUGAAUGUUAUGAACCAUGGAGAUUUGUGGAACAACAAUAUGAUGUUCAAACACUCAGAGUCAGGAGAAGUGGAGGAAGUAAAGUUCAUUGACUUUCAAGUGUUACGAUACACGAGCCCGGCCAUCGACAUUCUGUACUUCACCUGGACCAGUGCAGACGAAGAAGUGCGGGAAAACAGACUACAAGAGUUGUACGACAUUUACCUACAAGAACUCAACGAAUGUCUAAAACUACUAGGAUGUGAAGAGAGGUACACUUCUGAAGAGUUAUGGCAAGAUUUAAAGAAUUCGGUUGACUUUGCUCUUGUAAUCGCAUGUCAAACUUUGCCCAUGACAUUCGCUGAAGAAAAGGAUGCUCUUGACAUGGCUGAAUUUGACAUGAAAGAGUUUGCAAACAUGAGUAACAGUGGUGCUAUGGACCCAAAUUUACUGAGAUUAUACAAUGGAAAAUAUUACAAAGCCAAAGUACCAAAAAUCAUCCAACAAAUUUACCAGACCUUACAUUAAAAGUUGCUCUAAAGGUUAAUGUUCUAGCUCUUUGCACAGAUAUGUUGUUGAGAGGAAAUUAGUAUUAAAAAGACUACAUUUUUUUAUAAACAUCAUCUUGACAACAUAAAACAAAAAAAAUAUUUGUUGUAAAUGUAAAUAAGUUGUAGAUAAUGAUAUCAUUAAUUAAUCAACCUUAAAAUUUGUCACAUAUUUUAAAAUCAUGUGUUUUACUAACAAUUAUAUUGUGUUAUUAUUUUAUUCAAUGAUGACUCACAAUUAAAAAUCUAUUAUAUUAUUAAAGUGAUACAAUCAAAUUUUAUGUAAACGGUUAAGGUCAUUUACCAAAUAAAAAUAUAGGCAUAUGACACAUACAAAUGAAGCUUAGAGUGUGUAGAUUUGCCGAAAAGUAUUGAUAUGGACGAAUUUCCUAAGGGCUCUGCCCCACAGGCUGAUUUCCAAAGGGCUACGCCUGCCAUGCUUCCUAAGUUUACAUGAUUUAAUUUAAUUUAGUUAAUGAAACAGCUGGUCAGUACAAUGAAUGGUGUUUGUUUAUUUACUCGAAAAAGAUGUUUGUGAAGCUUUAUGUAGAUUUAGGAGGGUUAUGUUUGGUUUUAAAGAAAGUUUGUAUACGUUUUGUAUAGAAUUGCGCAAAGUUUCAUUUUGUAAUUUAUAUAGUAAGCUAAAUGUAAAGAGGCUUGACUAAAGUUGAAGAAUUAUGGUAAAACAUGUCAUUCGUGAAGCAUCAAUAUGAAAUAAUUUAUGUUAUUGCUACACUAAGGUAUGUUGUCAUAUUCUUUUGGAUCUAUUAACAUAAAAAAGUAGGGAUUUGAAAGUAAGCAGGUUUACACUUUUGAAUCAGAGUUUAUAUUUUCAAACUAAAUCAUAAAGUUGCCGUAUUUUAAAACACACAUCAGGAUUGCUUUAAUAGCUCUCUAGGUCACAUUUUCUUCCCGUUGCAAAGCACGGGUAUAGCAGCUUGUAUGUAUAUAAAAUAAAGCUGAUCAUA